AUGCAGCUCCCCGCCGCCGCCCCCGUCGACGCCACCAAGUUUUGCGACUUUGUCACGGCGUCGCCUACGCCGUUCCACGCCGUCGCCAACCUGGCCAAGCGCCUCACGAAGGCCGGGUUCGCCAAGCUCUCGGAGCGCGAGCAGCACGCCGACCUGGUCCCAGGCGGCAAGUACUACUACACGCGCAACCAGUCGUCGAUUGUGGCGUUCACGCUCCCGCCCAAGGGCACGCCGAACGCCGUCUCCUUUGCCGUCGGCCACGUCGACUCGCCAUGCCUCAAGGUCCGCCCAGUCAGCAAGAAGGAGAAGGUCGGAUACCUCCAGGUCGGCACAGAGCUGUACGGCGGCGGCCUGUGGCAUACCUGGUUUGACCGUGACCUGUCGAUUGCCGGCCGCGUGAUCGUCGCCACGCCCGGCGCCAAGUCCGAGUUCACGUCCAAGCUCGUCAAGAUUGACCGGCCGAUUCUGCGUGUCCCCACGCUCGCUAUCCACCUCGACCGCGGCGUCAACGACCAGCUCAAGUUUAACAAGGAGACCCAGUUCCUGCCCGUUCUCGGGCUGAUCAACGAGCAGCUCAAUGGCAGCCGCGCGGGCACCCCGGGGCCAGAGGGCAAGCCCAAGCCCUCGUUCGCCGAGGAGCGCCACCACCCGCUCCUGCUCGCUGUGAUUGCCGACGAGCUCGGCGUGAACGUCGGCGACAUUCACGACUUUGAGCUGUCGCUGUUCGACACGCAGCCGUCGGCCGUCGGCGGCCUGAACAACGAGUUCAUCUUCUCCCCGCGCCUCGACAACCUGUACACGUCGUACGCGGCGAUCGAAGGCCUCGCCGAGGCGGUCGAGGCCGAGGCCGCGUCCGGCAAGGACAGCGACGAACCCAACGUCCGCUGUGUGAUCCUCUUCGACAACGAGGAGGUCGGCUCCGUCUCGCACCACGGCGCAGAGUCCAACCUCCUCCCCUCGUUUGUCGAGAUGCUCACAAAGCUCCCCAACGCCGACAGGGGCUACUACCAGAUCCUGGCCAACUCGUUCCUUAUUUCUGCCGACAUGGGCCACGCCAUCCACCCCAACUAUGACGAGCGGUACGAGAAGAACAAUGCGCCGCGUAUUAACGGCGGUGUGGUCAUCAAGACCAACGCAAACCAGCGGUACACGUCCAACGCGCAGACGACCUUCCUCCUCCGCCGUAUCGCUCAGCGCGCGGGCGUCCCCACCCAGGAGUUUGAGAUCCGCAACGACUCGACCUGCGGCUCGACUGUUGGUCCUCACCUGUCCACCCAUGUGCGCACCGUGGACAUUGGCAUCGCCCAGCUCUCAAUGCACUCGAUCCGCGAGACGGCCGGCUCGGCAGACGUCCGCAACUACAUCAACCUCUUCAAGACCUUCUUCGAGGUCUACUCGCAGGUCAACAAGGAGCUGCUUGUCGACGACGAGUAG